AUGUGUCCAAACACUCGUUUCCUUGUAACAACAGUCACAAUAGUGAUCUUUUUCUACAUAUCCAUCAUGAAAGCAGACUCGCAUGACAUCACUGCAGGAAAUCUUGCGCACAUCACCAGUUAUUCUUUUUACGAACCAACGAUACUGAAAUACUUUAACCAGUUGGUCUACGUGUCCUAUCCAAAAGUAAAUUCUGAUGUUGUGAUCCAAUUUGAAUCGAAAGCGAUUGCCGAUGAGAUGAACAACAAAUGCAGCAUCGUCAUUUCCGAGUCAGACGAUCGUGAUUUUCUGGCACCGGAAGCGAAGGUUUUGGGAAACGGAAAACUAGUUGUUGCACUGAUCGAGACACCAGCAGCUGAAGUUGGCAUGCACUAUUUGAGAUUUUUUGUGGUGGAUCUUCAGGAAAAGUGUGCUCAUCACAAUUUUACUCUGGAGUUUGGUAACGAAUCACCAGUGUAUUACAGGCCGUUCACGUUGAUUUCGUACCAAGAGACGUUUGAUGUUUUUGCAAAAAGCUUUCAUUGCCAACCAUCGGGCAGUAUGUGCCUUAUGAGAUUUAGCCCAAAAGGCGACCGACAGUCCACCCUGAACUUCAACUUCGCAACCAACGAGACUGACUUCGAUCUCGUGAAGCUCUCCCCUCUGGUGGAGUUCGAUUCAGCCAGCGGCUACGCUUACGUUUCGACCGCGACCUCCACAUUGUCGAUCCUCAACUCCAACCUUCGAGUCGUCGUGCGUAAACGCCUGAGGGGCUACAUCCAGGCGUCUUCUGUCCUGAACAACGACAUCGGUGUCUGCUGUCACGUGGACAAUAGCGAAGCCCUCACUGAGUGCGUCAAGUUCGAUCGCCGGCUCAAGGUUAAGGCAGUCUUUGUCCUUGCGAAUCCGAAGUCUUCCACAACCGCAAAAAGGCUUUACAAUUUGAUGGACGGUACUUCCUUGCUUGUCUCGAUAUCCAGAGGUAAGGUCGAGACUAGGGUCAAGAGACUUGGUCUGAACGGGAUGGUUAGUGGAGUUGAAGUGUUCAAUUAUGAGUGUGUAAGCUUUCUCGUAGAUCCCAUCGAUCAAUUCGUUGAACUCAAAGGAGGAAAUUAUUGCUUUAGCUUUCUGUGGUCGGGAUUGGAGAUAAACAAGAUGGACCAGCAGUACUGUCUGCGCUGGAACAACCAUCCGGCCAACCUAACUGACGUCCUGAGUUCGCUGUUGGCGCGCGAGGCCCUCUGCGACGUGACCCUCGCUUGCGACGGUGAGACCUUCAAGGCCCACCAGACGAUACUGUCAGCCUGCAGUCCCUACUUCGAGAACAUCUUUCUGCAAAACAUUCAUCCCCACCCGAUCAUCUUUCUCAAAGAUGUCAACGAUACGGAGAUGAAGGCAUUGUUGCACUUUAUGUACAAGGGCGAGGUCAACGUCAGUCAGCACCUGCUGCCCAUGUUCCUCAAGACCGCCGAGGCUCUGCAGAUCCGAGGCCUGACGGACAACAGUGUCAAUAACAAGCCCGACGAGAAGAGCCCAAGCCCUGAACCCGCGGUCCAGGCUAACAUCAGGCAUUCAGAAUCGCCUAGCGUACACAGCCAUCCUGAAAAGAGGAAACGAAAAAUCUCAGGGAACUACGAUGUUACGCUUUCGGGACCACCCAGCGAAAGAUUCCUCUCUGAUUCUCAGGCAUCGUCUCAGUGUAGUUACAAGUCAAGUCCUACGAUCCUAAAGUCCAACAAUGUGGUUGGAGUGGAUCUAGAAGACGGUGGUAGAUCUGUGUCUCCACAGUCACAGGCCCCAAUAAAGCAAGAGCUCGAUCAUCAUAUGUCUGAUUUUCACGACAACCUCUCUCUAUCUGGUCAUCCGGUCGGUGUGAUGAACGAGGACAGCGUCCCCCAAUCUGGGGGUGGUGGUGGCGGUGGUGAUCGCAUAGGCGGUGGAGGCGGACUCGGCCUGAAUGACAGCGUAGCCGCGGGCCUUGACUCGUCGGACCACCACAAUCCACCGGAAAUGCUGGAUGGACUAGAUG